GGGUUAGUUGUCUCUGUUAUUAACUAUAAGUUUAGUUUCUUGUAUUUGGUUGCUUGUUUCACGACACAAUUAAUUCUGUAAGAACAAUUUACACUGUAAUAUUUUCAACCCAGAAAGAUGAGUUAUGAACCAUUUACAGGUACUCUACAGGAGAAACUGAGAGAAGUAGACCAGCUCUGGAGUGACUACAAUAAGGCAUUACAGGAUAAGACAGAAGCCCAGACAAAGUUAGAUGUUUUAACUAGUUACUUCAAGGAGAAGGAGAUGCAGCUACAGCGGGAGCUUGGAGCUCAAGAAGUUAUGCGACAGAGAAAAGAAAAAGAUGCAUCAUCUGCUGAACGUCAUGUGGCUCUUAUCGAACAGGAGAAUUCCUCUUACAAGGCCCAACUGGCAACAAUGAAACAGGAAAUGGAUGAAACUAACAGGAACUUUAAGAACCAAAUAGCUGCUGAAGAGAAGAAAGCACAUGACAACUGGAUUGCUGCUCGUGCAGCAGAACGUAAACUCGAAGAAGCUAAGCAGGAAGCUGCCAGUCUCCGUCAGAGGCUCACUCUUGUGGAAAGAGACAGGGAAUCAUUUGGACAAAACCAAACUGAUGGAGUGGUUAAGCCUAUUUCUACAAGGCUGGUUGGACCUAAUGGGGAGCUUGACUCUCCUCCUGUCUCCCAGAGCUUAACCCAAAAUAGUUUAGAUGCUGAACCUGGUCCUCGUCCCUUAAGUAUCCCUCCUUGUAUAGACAAUCCUCCUCUCCCUCGCUUACCUUUGCCUCUAGAUCGACCAAUCCCUCCUCCUCCUCUACACCCACUGGACCCUAUGCUUCGUCCACAUUUCUUUCCUAGACUUCCCUUUGAUGACCGCCUUCCACCUCCUCACUUUCUCCCCGAUCCUAUGAGAUUUACUGCACCUCCACCUUAUGACAGAAGGUUCUCGCCCUCUUACGACCGGGAACGUAGCAUGACAUCACCCAGAGGUCCAUACAGUCCUCCUUUGUAUAGACGUGACCGGGAGAGAGAAAUAGACAGACAUUCCACACCACCCCGAGAUAGUGAUCAGAGAUCCACAUCGGACAGGUUCUCUCCUCCUCCUUAUCGAGAUUCUCGAAGUUCUUCUCCUCCUCACCCACUCCCAAAGUUCCACGAUAUUCCUCCACUCCAUAGAAUACUCCCUCCAUUUCCUCCUCCUCUAGGAUCCUUACACAUGAGGCCCCCUCCAAUGCUUCGAAGAGAUUUACCUCCCGACUUUAGGCCAGGUAGCCGAAGUAGUGACAUUUCUACUAGCUCUCCUAGAUCUAACCAGCAACCUUCCCAACCUAGAAAUAACAGGAAUGGUGGACCAAGUACGGAAGUCUAAGAAGGAGCUUAUUUAGCCAAAAUAUGUGCCCUUGGAUCCAUCAUUUUGAGCAGUGUUGUUUCCAGAGUGGGUAUUAUUUGAUGAUUAGAACGUAGAAGUGGUUCUUUAAGUUAUGAACGUUGAAGAUAUUCUACGGCCACAAGAUACAAGUGAUCUCCAAGCAGAUUCUUGAAGUAGAUCAAAAAUCAUGAUUUGGGAUAUUUGUUUGUUUAAAACUUUUAAAGGUCUUCAAAGUUUAUAAACAUCAAGGUAUUCUUGAAACAAAAACUCAGUGAAGUUUUGUUGAAUAAAAGAUUAGAUAAAUACAUACUCAGUAUAUAACUUAGAUUUUUAACUUGGAACUAAAGCUUACCAGAGCCACCCACCUAAUAGUUUUUUGGUUUUUGGUGGUUAUUACAUCUGUUUAGGUGAUUCUAUGUUCUGUGAUUUUCAGUGGGCUUUGGGAACUUGAUUCCUUGUAAUAAAAGGCAUUCAGUGAAAA